UUCUUUUACAGGUUCCUUUGUGCGUAACUUCUUGACAUGAGUUUCUCUGGAUGUCUUGUAUAGUUUCCAUGUCCUUGUACCUUGUAAUCUUCAUGUUUAAUGGAAUGUGGUUACUUCAAUAAUAAUAAAAAGGGUACAUGCUGUGACUGACAUAAGAGGCCCACAUGGGCCAACGGAGGCGCACGUCCGACGCCCCACGGCCCGCAAGCCCGGAACAGAGGGCUGUAAAUAGCCACCCGGACGGCGACUCGGUGAGACUCUUCCCCACGAAAGCUCUCCCUCACACGCUUGUCCUGCGCCGCGCGCCCGCGCCCUCUCCGCCCCCGCCGAGGAUGGAGGCUGCCGCAGCCGGAUUCGCAACCGGCGCGCGGGCGGCAGCCGCGGCGCGUCCCUUCGGCCUCGACCUCCAGGCGGCGGCCGGAGGCGUGCGACGACCCCGCCGGGCCAUCCCCAUGCCCGCAGCGGGCCCCCACGGCGGCCACCUCCCCUUCGCCACGGCGCCGUCGACCCUCUACGCGGCGUACGGAGCGGAGCCUCGUCGGCCGCCACGGCUGGAGUUCGGCCGCGUCGUGACGGAGUUUGAUUCGGCUCUGACGAUCGAUUCGCACCUGGUGCGGGUACCCGUGACCCGUCCCUCCUCCAUGGCCCCGGCGGGACCAUGCUACGAGCACCUUGGCUGCGGCCGCCCGGUGUCCCUGCUCCCGCUCCGAACUCGGGAGCUCGUCGCACUCACUCUUCCCGCCGUUCAGCAGCGGCCGUGGGACUCGGAGGUGAACCCCGCUGGCUGAUGGCGGCGGCUGCGGUGGGACGACGCGGCCGAUCCAGUGGCUUUGCCAACCCCUAUGCUGGCGUGCCUCCCCAAGGCCGGCGCGUGUAUGCUCAGGGGGAGAGCAAUGGUGCUCCGUCGGAAUCUGACAGGAAUGGGCACAAGGAACCAAGAACAGUGGAUGAGUUGAUGGAAGCAUACCCAAGAUGCACCUCCUUCUUCAAGUUGGUCACCGUAGUGCUGUGUCUCGGGCUGUGCUUCUUGUCCGCAAAGGGUGAUCCAAGGGCAGCCUUGAUGGUCACGACAUCGAAGGAUGCAGCCGAGGUCUACAAGUUCCUUUGUGACGUCCUACUUAUCUUGAAGAAGCUGUUCUUUCCAUGAUCUAGAUCGAAGAGGUGAUGGGUGACAGUGUGAUUUCCUUGGAACCUGAAGAAAGGCGCUACAAGGGUCAGAUACAGAUAUCAGAUAGAGCAUAGAAGAUACCUCAAGUGGCCGGCCAAAUCCGAUAACAUAGGAGCAAUGCCAAGCCAACGCCAUCGACUGGUACGUAUGCCAAGCUGCUUGAUACGUACUCCCUCCGUUCCUAAAUACUUGUCUUUCUAGACAUUUCAAAUGAAUAUCACAUAUGGAUGUAUGUAGACAUAUUUUAGAGUGUAGAUUCACUCAUUUUACUCCGUAUGUAGUCACUUGUUGAAAUGCAUAGAAAGACAAAUAUUUAGGAACGGAGGGAGUAGAUGGUAGCAAAGCGAUCUGAUUGGCAUCGUUAGGCACAGGCACAGCGAGCACUUAGAGACACCAAAUACAGCCGAUCAGAUGAUCAGAAUCAGAUCACAAUGUCGGCUAGCUUGUGCAGACUGCAAACUCCAGUACCUCGGCAAAGAACGCUGCGACCGUGCCAUCAACGAAUUGGCAUGCGAUGCAUUACCGUGCAAGAUGAAGCAAGCACCGGCGCGGUUACGCCUCCAUGGCGCGACGCAUCGAGAAGGCGUCGAUCGUGGCGGCGCGAGGCGUCGGAAGCAGCACGCCGUCUGCGCGGGCGCAGCCGCAGCGACAUGUAGCGGCACAGCAGCUGGGCGCGACUGCGGGUUGCGCCUGACACGGCGUCAACAACGCGGACUGCAGCGGCAGCGCGGUGGCGGCAUGACUGACGCGGCCUGUCCAGAAAGCAAGGAGGCCACGCGAGAGGAGUUGCCUCUCCAAGUUUCCAUCGGCGCUGAGCGCAGCGAUGUAUGAAAAAGACGACGAAAAAGAACAACCAUCACCGCACGUCCACCGGCCGUCCACAAGAAGAGACUACAAGCAGGACCAAGAAGCUCCAUCGAUGUUCUCCAUUGAUGAGAAACUUGGCUAAACUAUCAGCUUCAGUAUUAGCAGCUUGGCCUUCAAAGGUGAACUUGGAGUUGAACAUUACUACCCGCUGCUUAACCUCGUUGAUAAUGGCACCAUAUAUAGCUCCCAUGUGUACCUCUAUCAAUGUCGAUCACUAUUUGCUUCGAAUCUGAGGCGAUGAUGAAGUUUCUUAUUGGAAACCGCUCCUCCUCUGCCGCUUGGGUGGGGUGACGAAAGGCCGGAGAGGGCCACCAUGGUCCUAAUGAGCUGGGCCAAUGCUCAAGAACUUGCCGUAAUAAAUCAAAAAAGGAAAAUGGGAAAAAAGAAAAGAUGAAGUGGCACACUGAUUUGGGCAAUGUAAUGUUAAUGAUGCUUGCAAUGAGGACUCGUAUGCUUGGUACUAUGAUAGCAGGGGGCAGUUUUCAGUCAAGUCAGCCUAUAAGGUGUACAUAAAAGGAAGAGACAUGAACCUGCCAGGAGCGUCAAACACCCCUGCAACUACUUGGGAAUGGAAGGAUAUUUGGUCAAUACCUUGCCAGCCUAAGAUUCAGCAGUUUAUGUGGCGUUUUGCACAUAACAGUCUACCUUUAAGGAUGAAUAUGAAGCGAAGGGGCAUUGAGUG